AUGGCAGAAGUCGCACCGGCAGCGCCCGUGGCGGCGGCUCCAGCUUCGAAGGCGACAGCAGCGGCGGCGAGGAGAGCGGCGGGCGCUGCGAAGGCGCGGAAGCCGGCCGGCCCCAGUGUGACGGAGCUGCUGAUGCAGGCAGUGGCGGCGUCCAAGGAGCGUGGCGGCAUCUCCUUGGCAGCGCUGAAGAAGUCCUUGGCGGCUUCGGGCUACGAUGUGGAGAAGAAUAACAGCCGCAUCAAGUUGGGCCUGAAGAGCCUGGUGACCAAGGGGACGCUGCUCCAGACGAAGGGCACGGGCGCCUCGGGCUCCUUCAAGCUCAACAAGAAGCAGGCCGACGCCAAGGACAAGGCGGCCCGCAAAAAGCAGCAGCCGGCGGGAACCAAGAGCGCCAGGAAGCCCACCGGUGCCACCAAGAAGGCGAAAAAGGCUGCCGGGGCGAAGAAACCCGCCAAGAAGGUGGUCAAGAGAGCCCCCAAGGCUGUCAAGAAGCCCAAAGCAGCGGCAGCUAAAGCUAAAAAAGCGGUCAAAAGCCCUGCUAAGGCCAGGGCGGCGAAGCCGAAAGCGAAGCCCAAGACUCCCAAAGCGAAAGUGGCGAAGCCCAAGAAAGCCGUGAAGAAGUGA